CUUGACUCUUUGUCUCUCGGGCACCCAUACUUAUCGCCCGCGAGUUCAUGUUCGGGUUGCUGCUCCCGGCCCAGUCGCUCGCUGUGCCCAUAUAACCAUCUCAGCCAUCUAGACCAAGCUCGUCAUUGGUCGACAUGGACGUCCUCCUCUCAAAGGUCACCCAGCAGGCAAUGAGCUAUGCCAUCCGAAGCGGCAUAGCCAUCACCAGCCACUAUGCGCUCAAGCAAUGCGGCCGCCUCAUGAGGACUGUCGAUGGCCAGGAGAAACAGGAACUGGCCGCGCUGCAGAUCCGGCUAGACUCCAAGAUCAAGAUCAUCUCGCCCGCCAUCGACAUGAUUGAACUGAUCGCAGCACGUGGAAACACGUCGCUUGAGUCUGCCGUGGGACUGACCAAGUCGCUGCGUUGGGACAUCCAGACGCUAGGCAGUCGGGUCGAGAAGGCCGUAGCCGAGGAGCAGCUUACUAGGAGAGGGAGCUCGAGAGCAAAGUCACGAGACCAAAACAACAUGGAACUCAAAGUCAUCAUCGGCGAGAUGAAGAGGCUGCUGGAGCGCAUCGAAGAUGCAGUGCCUCUUAUCAACCUCGCCAUUACCACUUCAGGCGUCAACCUCUCCACCACCCUCCCAGCUACAGUGUCGCCGUCACGACUUUUACAAGCCAGUACCUUUCUUACUUCCGGUGACAUGCAAUAUUGCGCAUCCAAGCCGAGAGCCCAGCAGAUCGGACCAACAUUCACCCUGUCUUUGUACAUGUUGUUUUCAGGCCAUGCAAACCGACCCCAUGAAGAAGACUUGCGAGAGACUACUUGGAAAGAGGUCAUGCACAAGGCGCGUGUCACGCUUAUGCGGGUACCACUGGACAAUGUCUAUGACUAUCCUACUCCGUUUGGACAGGAUAGUAGCCGAGCCCAAGAGGCCAACCACGCUCACAUACCGUCUGACAGCGUAAUACAAGAGUUUGCCUACCAGCUUCUCAUCGUCGAGGAUUUAGACGACGGCCGCAUGCACGACUACGAAGACGGAGAGCCGCGUCCAGAGCCUUAUGAUGGCAUUAGCCAGGCAGGCGUGCGGGAAAUCAUACCCAUCCAUGAAAUUUCCAAAAUCUUUUAUGCCGACACAGGCAAGAUCCUCAACAUUGGCGCCGAUGGCGAGAGCAACAAUCCAAUCUUACUCUUGAAGAGGGACGUCAAUGCAGCACCUCCACGCCGCAUGAUGGAGCGAGACACAGAGACGGAUUACGAGUCGGAUGAUUCUCACACUGUUGGCGAUGAAUCAGAUCUCGAGCAAAGCCAACUAGAAGAGCAACUACGACGCGAACUGACGCCAAACCCAGAGCCCGCAGCACCAGAAGAACCAGAGCAGCCAGCAUAUCCCUGGCGUCUUCCUCCUACACUGGAUCUUGAAUGGAUGGCAUUUGAAGUGUACACCGAGGACCCGAGCAGUGACUCUGAAAUCGACGACACCGAAGACGUAGAAGAAAGCGUCUCGUCGCCCACCCCCACCGGCCGCCCUACACCCAACGACCGAUCCCACUCCUCCUCAUUCCUCAACCGCUUCUCCAACCUCAAUCUCCGACCAGACACGCCAUCCUGCUCGCCCAAACCCACUCCCAACAACCAAAUCAUGUCCUCACCGGAAAAGACGUCCGCACCCGCCCCUUACGCCUCACCCAGCACCACCAGUCUGCCCGCGAUCAAAACGUCGCUCUCCCUACUCGAAAUGCUCAUCCGCCUCACAGCGCUCCAGCAAUUCCAGCAAUCCUCACACCUGGCCAUCCCCGACGAAUUCCUCAACUUCUUCCUCUCAGACAGCAGCACCGUCGGCGCCGGCGGCGACGCCGAAAUGCGGCGCCGCGUCCGCCGCGAAGCCCGCCUACGCGUCGGCUUUGAUCCCUACGACGAAAGCCCCAUCAAGCGCCGCGGCGAAGAGUACCUCGAGCACGAGUUGCACGAGGCCGACCCCGAUGCACAUGUUGGUAACGACGACGGGACUUCUGAAUUCGAUUACGAGGGGUACCCUGUUGCACGUCGCUCUUCUACGCCUAUUUCUACGCUCCCGAGAUCGCGCCCUGGUACCCCGAUUCACUCGCCUUCGUCUACAAUCAUCCCGAGUUCCUCGCCUGCAUAUGCAAAUGGGAGAUCGAUGGGCCUUGGAAACGCUUCGUCGCCUAGUCCCUUGCUGCGUCGCGCUACUACUACUACUACCACACAGCCUGGUGCUGGUGCUGGUGCUGCGCAGUUGAAUAGGCAUAUGUUCAAGCAGCCGAGUUUUCGGGGUCCGCCUAGUCAUACCGCUACUGCUUCUGCUGCUGUUUCGCGCCGUGAGCGUGAGCGUGAGCGUGAGGCUAGUCCUAAUUCUGCGAGACGUAGUGUAGAGAGGUAAUGGGGAAGUGUAUACUGU